GGCGGUGGAGACGGUUCAUCAGGCUCCGACACGCUGUCAGAAGGCGAGGCGCGAGCCGAGACGAAUGAGCCCGAAUUACAAUUUGAGGAAUUUCAAUGUCACUCCUCAGAUUUUGUAGCUCUUGACGAAAAAGUGAAGGGAAAUGAUUCCGCUGAAUGCUGCGACGAGAUAAAAGCAAGAGAUGGGGAUGACCAAGAUGAAGGAGAAAACGAAGGGGACAGUGACGAGGACGAAAUGCCGGAUAACAUCCUCUACCCCCCCUCCAUGCCAUUCCGCAAGUCCAGCAACCCAGAGAUAUCUCACGGCUCCAGUUUAGCGCUGAAAUUUAAACGACAACUCAGUGAAGAUGGCAAGCAGCUCCGGAGAGGAAGCCUAGGGGGCGCUCUUACAGGGAAGUACCUGCUGCCAUACGCUUCAACCCAGCAGGCAUGGUCAGCCACGGGCUCAGAGACCACCAACUUGGUGCGCAUGCGCUCCCAGACCCUAGGAAAAUCUGCGCCCUCUCUCACUGCCAGCCUGAAAGAGCUCAGCCUUCCCAGACGAGGAAGUGUCUGCAGAACAAGCAACAGAAAAAGUCUUAUAGGGAGUGGACAGUCAUCAGCCCUUCCUCGACCUCACUCACCUCUGUCAUCACACACAGGCACCAGUCCACAAGACAGCCCUAGAAACUUCUCCCCUAGUGCUUCAGCUCAUUUUUCCUUCACACGCAGAACUGAUGGGCGACGCUGGUCCUUGGCAUCGCUUCCCUCCUCUGGCUAUGGAACAAACACACCCAGCUCCACCGUCUCUUCGUCCUGUUCAUCACAGGAGAAGCUCCAUCAGCUGCCUUUCCAGCCCACACCAGAUGAGCUCCAUUUCCUGUCCAAGCAUUUCUACACAGAGAGCAUUGUUGGAGACGACCACAGAAGAGUCACACCUAUGCGACCACGCUCACGCAGUCUCAGUCCUGGAAGAUCCCCAUCAUGCUGUGACCAUGAGAUUAUCAUGAUGAAUCAUGUGUACAAAGAAAGAUUUCCCAAGGCCACAGCUCAGAUGGAGGAGCGCAUCAAGGAGAUCAUCCACAGCAACUCCCCUGAAAACGUCUUGCCUCUGGCUGAUGGCGUCCUCAGCUUCGCUCACCACCAGAUCAUUGAGCUGGCCAGAGACUGCCUUGAAAAAUCCCGUCUUGGUCUCAUUACCUCACGAUACUUCUGUGAGCUCACAGAUAAACUGGAAAGGCUCUUUCAGGAGUCGACUGAGCGAUCAGAGAGUGCAGAGGUGACCUUCAUCAAGGAGCUGGUAAAGAAGAUUCUCAUCGUCAUUGCCAGGCCUGCGCGACUCCUUGAAUGUCUGGAGUUUGACCCUGAAGAGUUCUAUCAUCUCCUGGAGGCUGCAGAGGGUCAUGCUAAAGAGGGCCAAGGCAUCAAGACCGAUAUCCCACGAUACAUUAUCAGCCAACUUGGUCUGACAAGGGACCCACUUGAGGAAAUUGCCCAGUUAACUAGCUACGACAGUGGGAUUGCAGAAACCCCUGAGACGGACGAGUCUGUCAGUUCCCACAGUUUGAGUGCAGCACUACGGUCCCGGCGCAAACCCUGUGAGCUCGACUUUGAGAUGAUCAAACUGAUCAGUAAUGGGGCUUAUGGUGCGGUGUAUUUAGUGAGACACAAAGAAACGAAACAACGCUUUGCCAUGAAGAAGAUCAACAAGCAGAACCUGAUGCUCAGGAACCAGAUCCAGCAGGCCUUUGUGGAGAGAGACAUCCUGACCUUUGCUGAAAACCCUUUUGUGGUCAGCAUGUACUGCUCCUUUGAGACACGCAGACAUCUAUGCAUGGUUAUGGAGUAUGUUGAAGGAGGGGAUUGUGCUACAUUGCUUAAGAAUAUGGGUCCUCUCCCUGUGGACAUGGCCAGAAUGUACUUUGCUGAGACUGUGUUAGCCCUGGAAUAUCUCCACAACUAUGGAAUCGUCCAUCGAGAUCUCAAACCAGACAAUUUGUUGGUCACUUCAAUGGGACACAUCAAGCUGACAGACUUUGGCCUAUCGAAAGUUGGUCUGAUGAACAUGACCACUAACCUCUAUGAGGGUCACAUCGAGAAGGAUGCUAGAGAGUUCUCUGAUAAACAGGUGUGUGGGACUCCUGAAUACAUUGCUCCAGAAGUGAUCCUAAGGCAAGGCUAUGGGAAGCCUGUGGAUUGGUGGGCAAUGGGUAUCAUCCUUUAUGAGUUUCUGGUGGGCUGUGUACCAUUCUUUGGAGACACUCCAGAAGAGCUGUUCGGCCAGGUCAUCAGCGAUGAAAUAAACUGGCCGGAGGGAGAGGAAGCUCCACCAGCUGAUUCUCAGGAGCUGAUCACCCUACUGCUCAGACAGAACCCUCUGGAGCGCCUCGGCACUGCAGGUGGGGCGUAUGAGGUCAAGCACCACCAGUUCUUUCACAGUCUGGACUGGAACAGCCUGCUGAGGCAGAAGGCAGAGUUCAUCCCCCAGCUGGAGUCUGAGGAUGACACUAGCUACUUUGACACACGAUCUGAUAGGUACCAUCACUUAGAAACUGAGGAGGAGGACGAUACAAAUGAUGAAGACUUUAAUGUGGAACUACGGCAGUUUUCCUCAUCUUCACACCGAUUCUCUAAAGUGUACAGUAGUCUGGAUCUGUCUCGAGGACAGCUGGAGGAGAAAGGAGAACAGACAGAGAAGACAACAGACAGUCCUCUCACUGUUGACUCACUGAGCUGGACUCCAGACUUCACUGAGAUCCCCUCUCUCUCUCAUUCUUCUGACACUGAGAGCACCAGCUUGAGCAGAUGCUCUGGUCUUCUCCCUAAAUUUGCAAUCUCAGCAGAAGUGGAGGAUGGUGAGGGCUCCCUCUCUCUGGAAGACCCCAGUAAAGUGACCUUCAGUAUUGGGGAGUUGCCUCAGGAUGAGCCAGAUCCCACCACACCCUGUAGCACCAUGAGUAACUCCACACUCUCAGGCAGUUUCUCCGAGCACCUGGAUCAGAUGCCGUCACAGGGAGGUGGAGGGGAGAGUCUGGACGGCUCCUGUAAGCCCUCCUCAGACACAGGCUUCUUCCUGACUGCUUCCAAACCUGAGACAGCAGACAAACAGUUUGCAGUCAGCAAAGUGCCAAAAUCAGUAUCUACCAGUGCCCUGUCACUCAUGAUCCCUGGAGAUGUUUUUGGUGUGUCACCAUUAGCAAGCCCCAUUUCUCCAUACUCACUGUCAUCAGACCCAUCCUCUAGAGACUCAUCCCCCAGCCGCGAUUCUCCACUUAGCAGUGUCAGCAGUCGUCAGCCAAUCAUCAUACACAGCUCAGGGAAGAAGUUUGGCUUCACUCUGCGGGCGAUUCGGGUCUACGCUUGUGACAGUGAUGUUUAUACAGUUUAUCACAUGGUCUGGAAUUUAGAAGAUGGUGGUCCUGCUCACAUGGCUGGUCUUAAGGCUGGAGACCUGAUCACUCAUGUGAAUGGAGAAACAGUUCACGGGCUGCUUCACACUGAGGUGGUGGAACUACUGCUGAAGAGUGGAAGUAAAGUAGCUAUAUCCACGACCCCUUUUGAAAACACUUCUAUCAAAACUGGUCCAGCUCGAAGAAAUAGUUACAGAAGCAAAAUGGUGAGAAGAACCAAGAAACCCAAGAAAGAGAAAACCCAAGAAAGUCACGCUUUUUUCCUCUCCAGGCGGCGUUCUGUAUUCAAACGCUUUGCCAUGCAGCCCUCUCCACUUUUACACACCAGCCGCAGUUUCUCCUCGCUGAACCGCUCUCUGUCUUCAGGAGAGAGUCUACCUGGAUCUCCCACACACAGCCUCUCACCACGCUCCCCAACAGCUGCCUUUCGUGCAACACCUGAUUUUAGCCAAUCAGGUGGAACUUCAUCACAGAGUAGCUCCCCCAGCUCCAGUGCACCUAACUCACCUGCAGGCUCUGGCCACAUCCGACCCAGCACUCUGCAUGGCCUGGGUCCCAAACUACCUGGACGGCUCCGUCAGGGCCGACGUAAAUCAGCAGGGAGCAUUCCCCUCUCACCAUUAGCUCGCACACCCUCCCCUACCCCUCAGCCUCAGCCAACCUCUCCUCAGCGGUCCCCAUCUCCCUUGCUGACCCACACUGUGGGAAGCUCCAAAUCUUCUCAGGCCUUCCCUACCAAAAUGCACUCACCCCCCACUAUUGUACGCCAUAUGGUUCGACCGAAAAGUGCAGAGCCUCCUCGGUCUCCACUCCUGAAGCGGGUCCAAUCCGAGGAGAAGCUCUCCCCUUCUUAUGCUGGUGACAAAAAACAUUUAUGCACCCGAAAGCACAGUUUGGAGGUCACCCAAGAGGAGUCUCAAGGGGAGGCCUCAUCUAGAGGGGAGUAUACUCAACCAUGCAUAGAGGACAGCACUUCUUGUGAGCCACCCACCAUUACUCGGGUGAGACCUGCUGAGCAGGGUUGCCUAAAGCGGGCUGUCACUCGUAAAGUUGGCCGCCAGGAGUCAGUAGAGGAGCUAGAUAGGGAGAAGCUAAAGGCCAAAGUGGUGGUAAAGAGGCAGGACUGGGCUGAGAGACGGGAGUCUACUCAAAAACAAGACAUUAUGCAAGAUGUGGAAGGUGCUGCUGCUGAAGAAAAGGACUGGGGUAUCCUAACACGUCCCAGUGCGAGAACCCAGGUUCCCGAAUCUGCAUCCUUGGACAAGUCUACGAAUGCUACUUUAAAGGAUGUCCUCUACAAAAAACUAAACCCAAGAGUCUGUGAGAGCAUAGCAGAGUCUGUCGCCAGUGGGGACUGUGUAUCACUUUUAAGUGAGAAUAUGAGAUCACCAUGUCAAUCAGAGCGACAAAUGUCUUGGUCAAUGAAGGAAGGUAAUAAACCAGAGAGGUUAGAUUUCAAAGCCUCCAACAUGGAGUUUGCCAGAAAGAGGCAGUCCUUUGAGGAGAGGGAGGACUCUUUGUGUCGAAUAUCUUCUGGUGUUCAUGAAAGCAUUCAUUUCAACACCACUAGGUCCAAAAGUCUUCAGCUGGAUUCUGCGUUGGCUUUAGAACAUGUUAAAGGGGGCAUGUGCACCAUCCAUGGCACUUCUGAAACUUUGACCCCUAAGCAUUUUAGUGGGAGAGGGGAGAGUGCAGUAGAAAAACUUCAGAUGAUUGCCUCUGAUGGCCCUAUCAGGAAGACCUCCUCAGAGUACAAAUUGGAGGGACGGCUUGUCUCCUCCUUAAAGCCACUAGAGGGCACCUUGGACAUUGGUCUGCUAUCUGGACCUCGUGUAUCCAAGACUGACACAUGUCUAUCCAAAAUGGCAGAAAGUCAUGGUGAAAGUGCUUUAUUAGCAGAGGAUCUAUGUGUAAAACUGCCAAUUCAACAGAAAACCGCAGAAAAACAGAAAGGUUCACAGGCAGGGGUGCCCGGGGCGCUUAGCCAUAAAGACAAUGUGUAUUUGAGCAGUAAAACCAUUACAAAAGAAGAGCCCUUUGCCAAUAAGGACUGUAGAAUAAAUCCAUCUUGUAAUGAGGCCCUGCAUGAUAGAAAUAAAAUUGAUGGAGUGAAGUUGCAGAUUACAAACAGUAAACUAGAGUCCAUAGACACAAUUGUAAGAUCUGAGAGUAGGCUAAAGACAGCUCAGGAGAUGAGGGCUGCACGACACAGCGCUCACUUUGCAUGUGGGAAAACGCCCUCCAUCAGGGAAGUCAGCAAUGAAGACCAGGAUGAUGACAUGGAAAAUAUAAAGGAGACCUCUCCAAAGCAAAAUGAAACUCAGCAGAUUCAACCAGUCCUUACUAAAGCCAAUGAACCAGACAAGUCCCUAGGGUCUUCUGCUGUUAUUGCCCAUCUCAACUCUAUCCAGCAAACCCAAGAAGCAGAUUCUGGCAAAAAUAUUAGUAGGUUGAGUGAGACACCAACCUGUUUUCCAAGUUCAGCAUUGUCUGAGAAGAAUGUCAUAAAUAAUGACAAACCAGCCGAUAUAACACACACUUCAGUGAUAAAACAGAUCCAUCCAUCAAAAGAUGUUACAGACAACACAGUUGCGAUAUCAAGCCCAACCGUGGCUGCAACCAAGACUCUAAUAGAUAGAAAGAAUAAGGCUGGUAGCAUCAAAGACUUUUCUGACCCCAAUCCAGAGUGUCUUCAAGAUUUGAAGGAAAGCAAAUUAUCUACCAGAGUAAAAAGUUUAGACAAAAGCGCAGAGUCUGCAAUCAGAGACCGAACUGGUUGUACGCCAACCUCAGCCGCUGACUCAAGGCAGGAUAAAUCCGAGAUAUGUGUCAAAGAAACAGUAUCUACCCCGGAGAGUCUAUCUUUAGCUUCUUCAGUCACAAUUUCCAUGGUCUCUUCUGUCUCACCAAUAGCAGAUACACCUGAGGCCCCUAUUAUUAAAAGUUCAUUGUCUCCCAAGCCUACCUUUCAAAGAAAAGCCACUCCGUCCACAAUUGCCGCCCCACUGAAGACCAUGCAUGCUACUGAUUCAAAAUCCCAGGCCUGUGCAAUCACCACCCCACAAUUUUCUGGCUUGGCUGAAGUAAAAACUACCACCAUCCAACCUCUACAGUCUGAUCAGACGUGUGCUAAAAAUGGACAAACAGCAAGUAAUUCUGAUCAACUCUCCAAACAAAUCUCAGACAGAGAACAAAAUUCUGAUGUGUCAAGUGGUAGCAGAGAAUUUCAUGUGCAAACCCAUCAGUCUCAACUGGCCUCAAACAAAUAUCAACAUGCAGACAAGGUAAAAACGAAGGAGGCAAGUAGCCAAUUACAUUUUACAGUAAAGGAACCUAAAACCCUGCCAGCAUGUGGAGACAAAAUGGACGUGAGUUCUAAAAUAGCCCUUAAAAAGGACUUCAAAUGCAGUGUGACUGAAAAGAUUACCUGUGUCCCUAACCCUAACUCUUCAGGCCAAGAUGAAGUUUCAAAAAACUGUGAAAAGCUAGAAGCCAUCUUCAAAAGCCAAGUAAACAUGAAUAUCACAUCAAAGGACACAGGUGCAAGCCCACCAAAGACUAGAAGUUCUGACACUUCAACAAAAGACUCUGUGCAUGUGCAAUCCACAAUGGCAAUGGAAGAAAAGCAGAAAUUCAAGAGUGUUCUUGGCAUAGACACCCAGAAGGUUGAUAAGCAAGUUAUGGACAUGUCCACGACAGAGACAAUUCCAGCACUGACUGCAAUAAAACAGACGCAACCUUUGGGCGGUGCUAUAUUAAAGCAGACACCUUUGAGUUCCAAAAACAAGCCCAGAGUAGACUCUCCACUUGUCACACAAUCUAUUGGGAAGGCUGUUGAAGAUAAGGGAAAGCAGGAAAACAGAGCACAGCUACAGCCCAUUGUCAAGGACAAUAUGGUAAAUCCAAAGGAUCCAAGAGUGUCCGUCUUGUCUACGUCUAAAUCCAAGCCUCAGAAAGAGACCCCAGUGUUGCCAGUACCCGCUGUUAAAAUACAUGUGUCUUGUGGGCUUACUUCUGGUAAGGGCAGCGCUGCUGCAGUUGAGACAUUUGGACCUUCCUCAAUGGAACAAGUAAAGUCCAGAAUUGAUGCUCCAAGAUCAGAGUCUCUUAAGGGUUCCAGCACAAGUGAUCCCAUUGGGAAGACUAUAACUGCUAUAUCCAGUCCUGACCCUAAACAUGGCGCCAGUGAGACAAAGGUGUCUGACAAACAGAUUUCAUCCAACCGAAAAGAGCAAGUAGAAAAGAAGAGAAAGGAAGCCACUCAAGAUGUAUUGUCCGCACCCAAAAAUAAUCGUAAAGACUCAUCAAGAGGCAUGCCUUUGGCUAAGGAUAGUACUACUCUUGAAAAAGAUUCAGUCCGUUCUAAACAAACAAAGGAUCCACCACGUGGUUCAACUUGUAAAAAGUGACGUAUUGUAUUGUAGUUGCCGAGCGUAUUGAAUUUUAAAAGAACCAAGGAUGUAAACUUAAUUUUUGUCUAUAUGUAAUAUCUUUAAGCCUUCCUAUCUGAGGACCGGUAAAGCUGUUACUUUAGGUUUUCACGCGAAACCAGAGAAAUUAAUUUGUUUGUUUGUUUUGUGAUCUAUAAUGCUUUGUUAAUAUUAUGUCUAAAAAAAGUGUAGUCUGAAUGUUGACAUGUUUUGCUGCUGAUUUGUGGUCACGUUUUAGAUCUCGCAAAAGCGCCAAAAGUAGACAUUGUGUUGUGUUGCAGUGUGAUGUAACAAGCGGCGUGUGCAAUAACUGUGGAGGCGGAGUAUGGAUGCCUUUUUUAAGGCUUAAAUGAACUGUGCCAAUCAUUGUGUAUAAUUAUACCAAACAAAAAGCACCUUGAAUUUAGAGCUGAAGGUGCAUGUUAACUGACUGUGUAAAAAGAAAAAAAAAGGCUUCACGCUCAUUCAAGCUAGCGUUACGUAUUUUACUGGUUUUUGAUGUAUUUAAAAACCACUAGGAAAGUAUAUGUAGCAAUGGUGCUAUUAAUAUGGCUUACACUCUGCAAGUUGAACAGAUCACUACAAUUUAUUUUCUAUAUUUUUUUUUUUUUUUUUUUUUUUUUGACCUUAUCAGCGAAAUCUUGUUUUGGGUAGUGGUGCACAGAGGGAACGCACUUUGUCCUGUGCUUCUCACCUGGAACUAUUUUAUAUUGGAAUCAUCUUGUGGUUCUGGAAUCGAAGUGGAAGGGGCCUUAGAGUUUUUGGGGGAAAUAUGACUUGCUGUUCUUAGCAGGUCAUGGUGAAAUUCACAUUCCUUUCCCAUGCAUUUCUACGAAUUAAUUUUUAUGCAAUCAAUAUAUUGUAAAUACAGCAGCAUUAAUUGUACAGAGCGGUCAGUUGAAAAUGAGUGUUGUAUGUUUUAUAUGUAUAUAUUUUGCUAUGUCAUAUGUUUGUAUACUGUACUCAAUGUUAGUCGCUAGUGAUGUCAUCUGCUCAGUAAUUGCGCUGAUAUUGAGUCUAAACUAGCAGAAGUCUCAAUCUGAAACAAAGUGUACUUGAAGUUGCACUAAGGAAUGUUGAGGUUAACCACAUGCAUUUUCAGAUACGUGUUUUAAGUGACGCAGCAGAGUUGUUCUCUUAAUGUUCGUAAUUGAUGCUGAUUGAAGUCAUGCAUUUACAUUAAAGAGGGACAGGGGCAGAUGCAGAACAUUAUAUAAAAGGCAAGUUUCAGAAACUAAAGGAUUACUCCAUUAUUAAGGUUUGCUACUAUGUAGAUUAUAUACACUCUGUUUUUCAAAAAAUGAAAAAUGUCAAGCUUUUAGGGCUAAAAUUUCCCAUUUGGCAUUCAAGAACAUGAUGUACUUCCCCUGGUUUGGUUAAAAGGGCUUAUACAGGGAUAAUCAAAACAUGGCAUUGUGGUAUGUCAGAGCUUGUGGUAAAAUGUCCAAUCAGUUUCUAACAUAUUCAUAUGCAAAGUAAAACCCUUAAAAAUGGGGAUUGUAUACGACUGAACUAAAUGCAUUUGUGCUGUUAACAUCUCAUGCAGUAGAACUGAUUAGUGCAUUUCCUUAGAGACUUUUUUAAAGCUCUCUUUACAUUUUCUUUAUUACCAAACAUUUAAAAGCAUAUUUGUCAUUAGUCACAUUUGAUUUGAUCUUUAGGCAGUUGCAUAAUGACUACUGAAGGUUAGUAUCAGAAAAGAGGAGUGGGUGAAUCAUUGUGUCUUUUGAUAUUUGGUCUUAACUUUAAACCAGCUGUAGCUAACGUACCAACUUAAAGCAAAGCAACUGUAUAUCUAAGUCCAUUUUAGUAUACUUGUAUUGUGAAACAUCUAUUACAGUAUGAUAUUAAAGUAUUUGCAAUUAAUCUUUUAUGUAAACAGAGCAUAUAUACAAUAUAUAUUGGCUGGACACACAAAUGUGCAUAAUUACCUUAAUAACGGAAUACACCAUGUAAAGAGAAUUUAAUAAUGUAGCCAAUUCGAAGUUGAUUGUAGAGAUUUUAAACCACAUUAGCACACUGAAGUUUCUGUUCCUCAUAGACUUUACAAAAGUAGUCUAGGAGGUCUGCAGAGAUGCAAGGCACCUUAAGAUUAAAAACCAACGCUUAUUGGGAUUUUGAGGAUAACAUAAUAUUAACUUUAAUGAUAUAAUUUGAAUGUUUUAUAGGACAUAUGCAUUGUCUGUUUUCAAAUAUCAUUUAUUUUCUUUAUCCCCCUUCCUGUCGUGAAAAUUAAUGGUUGAAUAAUUAAAGAAGCACAUUAAAUGCUUGUUUACAACUACUUCAUGGAUGUAUAUUUUGUACAUUUGUGUUAUUUGCCAAAUUAAUGUGCUACAUCACAGGCAGUUAUGCUGUGAUGGACGUGUGUGUGUGUGAGUUCCUCAUAGCGGACACUUGCUGUUGAAGACCGUCAGUGUGGUAGCCUAAUUGUUUGUUGUCUCUCCAGUUCAGUAUGUUCUUGCUUGUUUCUUGGAGUUUUCUUUCCUCUCUCUAUGUGUGAAAACAGUGUUUAUGUAGAUGACUCUGCUUAUCAUUGUCUUUUAGGAUCUGUGCAAUAAGAUGUGGUUUUGAGUUUUGUACAUCACCCACAGAAAGCUCUAUGGAUGUCAUAGAUGUUGUACACUAUAGAAAUAUUUAUACUUCUAAAGUUGUAAAAUACUGAAAAUAAAAAGGCAUGACAAAAUUACA